AUGCUUCUCAACGAAGUACUUCCGCUGCUCGUCCAGUACUGGCCGCUGGUCCUUGCCUCCCUCGUCGUCGCCUUCUUCCUAAACAAUAAAUUCUGGAAGGGAUUGAACAAAUACCCGGGACAUUGGGCGGCCGGGUACACAAACUGGUGGAGAUUCUGGGAUGUGCGGGGGAGACACCAUGAGUGGACUGUGAUCAGGCUGCACAGGGAGCAUGGCGAUAUCGUGCGGUUGGGGCCAAACGUUCUGUCGUUUGCGGACCCGAGAGCUAUCAAGACCAUUUAUGGCUUGAAUAAGGGCAUGACGAAGUCCGACUUCUACCCCGUCCAAAAUGCCGUAGCGAAAGGCCAACGCCUCCAAUCCCUCUUCUCCACGACCGACGAAGACUACCACGCGAAAUACCGCCGCUGCGUCAACAAUGCCUUCGCCAUGAGCUCGCUCGUCAACUACGAACCGCUAGUCAGCUCCACACUCGGCGUCUUCCUCGAUAAGACGCAGGAGCUGUUCGCGCAUACAGGCAAUACUUGCAACUUCAGCCAGUGGCUGCAGUACUUCGCUUUUGAUGUCAUUGGCGAUUUGACUUGGAGCAAGCGCCUGGGAUUCGUCGAGGAGAACAGGGAUGUGGACGGUAUCAUUGCUUUCCUGCAGAAGUUUCUCAGUUACGCAGGGCCGAUUGGCCAGAUGCCUAUCCUCGAUCUAAUCCUCGAGAAGAACCCAAUCCGGAUGUAUGCGCAGCGCAUUGGUCUGAACAGUACCGUCUUUCCCGUGACACUGUUUGCACAGACACGUUCCAACGAGCGCGCUGGUGAAAUUCAGAAGAUUAAGACAUACGGCCUUCCCGAUGACCUGCCGAAUUCUCGUGGAGUCGACCUUCUCUCCAAAUUUGCCCAAGCCGGCCACGAUCAUCCGGAGUUCAUGGAUGAUACACGCAUCCUGACGGCGUGUACGUCGAUGGUGUUUGCGGGUUCUGAGACCACUGCAAUUUCCCUGUCUAGCGUCUUCUACUUCCUCCUCAAGCACCCGCAGGUAUAUGCCAAGCUGAUGGCAGAGCUGGACGAAGCCGUUACAAAUGGUACGAUUGAGUCUCGGGAAGAUAAGACUGUGUCCUGGGCGGAGUCUCAGAAGCUUCCGUACCUGGACGCGGUUGUCCAGGAGUCUUUCCGUAUGCAUCCCGCAGCCGGCCUCAUUCUGGAGCGCAUCGUUCCGCCACAGGGAAUGAACAUCCUUGGAGAGUUUAUCCCUGGAGGCACCAUUGUCGGAUGCAAUCCCUGGGUUUUGCACCGUCGUCCUGAAGUUUUCGGUGUGGAUGUGGAUGCCUUCAGGCCGGAACGUUGGCUCGAGGCGAGCCCCGAGAAGCGAAAGGAGAUGAACGGGACCAUGUUCCAGUUUGGUGCCGGUGCACGAACUUGUAUUGGGAAGAACAUUAGUCUCUUGGAGGUCUACAAGCUAGUGCCGAGCUUCUUGAGACGAUUCGAGAUUGAGCUCGAGCACCCCGAAGCAGAAUGGGAAACGCACAAUGCGUGGUUCAUUCGUCAAGCAAACUUCAACACUAAGUUUAGGCCCAGGGAAGUAUCUCCAUGA